CUCCAAGCUACGGCUCGUCUAGCUACACCUCCCCUAACCAGUGCGUUUUCUUCUUCGUGUUCCCUGCGGGUGCUCUCUUCUGGAACCUCGGCCCUUUCUGCUUUCGCACCUGCAGGGUUUAGUCUCCAGGACUGCUUAGGUGGGCGCCAGGAACCGGGAAUCCCAACGCGGACCUAUCCGUCAGAAGACUCCACCAGUGCCACGGAGACCUUGGAAACCCGGGGCGCCUGCGCGCUAUUCCAUUUCCCCAGAUCCCACCCGGCAGUGCUUGGCCGUUGCCAUGGAGACUGGUAAUGGCCCCGCCUCCACACCAGAAAACAGGCGGGAACCACAUGACCCAGAAGCCUGUGCGCAAGCGUCUGCGCGCCUAUUGGGCCAAUGUGAGCUGAGGGGGCUGGACUUCCGGCUCUGGCACUGUCAUUUCGCGGCCCGCGUCAGCCCAUAUGGGUGGCCUGGGUUGUGGCGCGCAGGUCGGGGCCUGAGGCGGGCGGCUAGGAAGGAUCUGAUGGCCUUCGAGGAUGUGGCCGUGUACUUCUCCCAGGAGGAAUGGGGGCUCCUGGACACAGCACAGAGGGCCCUGUACCGCCAUGUGAUGCUGGAAAACUUCACACUUGUGACCUCACUUGGACUCUCCACCUCCCGACCUCUUGUGGUCAUCCAACUUGAGCAUGGUGAGGAGCCCUGGGUUCCCAGCGUGAAGGACAUGACCUUGGCCAGGAACGCCUGUGGGAGGCACAACACUGGUUCCUGGCGUUUGGAAGAGGAUGGAGAUGUUUCUGGAGAAGCAGCAUGGCCAGGGGCCUUCCCAGAUACUCCACCUGUGAUGACUGCUAGUGUCUUCCCUGUUGCCGGUGCCUGCCACAGUACAGAAGGCCUGCAGCAACAACGGGGUGCCUCCCCAUCUCGGGAGAGAAAACCCAGGGGGGUGUCGCUGAUCUACUGGGAGAGGCUCCUGCUAGGCUCAGGUAGGGACCAGGCCAGCAUCAGCCUGCGACUGACCUCCCCGCUCAGGCCCCCUAAGAGCAGCCGGCCCAGGGAAAAGACCCUCACAGAGCACCUAGUGCCUAGGAGGCAGUCCAGGGUGCCCAAGCGUCAGAAGCCAUGUGCGCCGGAGGCCCCUGGGAGAGCCUUCGGGAACGCCCUGGACCUGAAGUCCACCAGUGGUGGAGGGGAUCAUGGAAUGGGUGCGGCUUGGCAAGAGCCUCAGAGACUGCUCGGUGGCCAGGAGCCUUCGACCUGGGAUGAGCUGGGCGAGGCUCUCCACGCUGGGGAAAAGUCCUUCGAAUGCAGGGCGUGCGGCAAAGUGUUCGUGAAGAGCUCCGACCUCCUCAAGCACCUACGCACCCACACAGGGGAGCGGCCCUACGAGUGCUCCCAGUGCGGCAAGGCCUUCAGCCAGACGUCGCACCUGACGCAGCACCAGCGCAUCCACAGCGGCGAGACGCCCUACACCUGCCCCGCGUGUGGCAAGGCCUUCAGGCACAGCUCCUCACUGGUGCGGCACCAGCGCAUCCACACGGCUGAGAAGUCCUUCCGCUGCUCCGAGUGCGGCAAGGCCUUCAGCCACGGCUCCAACCUCAGCCAGCACCGCAAGAUACACGCAGGCGGACGUCCCUAUGCUUGUGCACAGUGUGGCCGCCGCUUCUGCCGCAACUCGCACUUGAUCCAGCACGAGCGCACGCAUACAGGCGAGAAGCCCUUUGUGUGUGCACUCUGCGGUGCCGCCUUCAGCCAGGGCUCCUCACUCUUUUUGCACCAGCGUGUGCACACGGGCGAGAAGCCUUUUGCUUGCGCACAGUGCGGCCGCUCCUUUAGCCGCAGCUCCAACCUGACCCAGCACCAGCUCCUGCACACAGGCGAGCGGCCCUUCCGCUGCGGGGACUGUGGCAAGGGUUUCGCCAAGGGCACUGUGCUGCUGAGCCACCGGCGCAUUCACACGGGCGAGAAGCCCUUCGUGUGCACGCAGUGUGACCGUGCCUUCCGUGAGCGCCCAGCCCUCUUGCACCACCAGAGGAUCCACACAACAGAGAAGACCAAUGCUGGAGCAGCAGACUGCACCCCUGCGCCAAGACUCCUUCAAGUGCAUCGUCGGAAGGUGCGUCGGGGAGGGAAGCCAAGCCCAAUCCUGAAGCCAGCGAAAGUCUGAGGUCACAGGUUGCAGCCUCACCCUUUCUUGGCCUUAUGUGAAUCCCUUUCAUAGCUAAAGAGUCCAUGUCCUCUUCAAAUCCACGAUGGGGAAAAGCCCUGUGCCUGAGAGUCUGGGAAGAGGGAGACCCUUUGGCUGUGGUUCCAUUUGCAGGUGGGAACAGGAUUUGCCAGUUUAUUCAUAGCUCACACCUCCAUCCCCAAAGAGGUAACAUUGCAGAAGCAUCAGAGAGAGGACAUGUCAGUCCCAGCUGUAAUUUUGCAGAAACAUCAGAGGGACUGACAUGUCCAGCUGUAACACUGCAGAAACAUCAGAGCAAGGACAUGUCAGCUGGGACUCUGGUGGGACUGAGGCUGUAGCUGGAGCCAUGGGAGGCUGACAAAAUCAGCACUGCGCAAUGGUGCUGCUUCAUGUAUUAUGAUACUGGAUGCUGAAGUGAGGGGAAUGCAGACGUGGGGGGUAGGGGUAGCCCAGAGAAACUUAGGGCAUCUACAUACAAACUGGCUGCUGUACAGAUGCUGAGGACAUUUUCCCCCCAGGCCUCUGUUCAAGUCUCUGUGGGGGCCAUCCCUCCAGAUAGGAGACUAUAGGGCGCUGGGAAUCAGGGUGUGGCCUAUGAGUGUCAGCGUCCUCCUCUGAGAAAAAGAAAAGGUUUGGGUCUACUCAUCAUCACGUUUGCAGAUUCCGACAGGCAGGAUCCUAAUGACAGUCAACCUGUGCUCACUGCCAGCUCCUGGGCUGUGUGUGCUCUGGUCAGGCAAGGGUGAGGGGCUGGCCUGGGGUCAAGCACACAGCCGACUCAGGAGAGGGAUGCCUGUGGGGGAGCAUGUGGCUCUCAGCAUUGGAAGGACAAAUCUAGGAUGAUGGUUUUCCAGUGGCACUUGUUCAGGUUCUCAUCCACGUCUCAGCUUGGCCAAGGCCUGUCACUGACUCGUUUACCAAAGUCAAUGUGAUGAGGAGGCUUUACACUUGAAAGGACAGUGAUAGCUUCAGAGCAAAUAAGGUGGAGCUGCUCAUUUUUGCUGGGUUUGGUGGCCACUUCCCCCCCACAACUCCCUGUCUCAUCUUACCCUUAUUAUGCCUCCUCAGUUGGGGGGUUGACAAGAGAGCUGAAUAGGAAGGACUUGCCAUUACCUAAGGCCAUGCAUGACACCCUCCUGAGGGUGGGCCUCCCCACCCCAGUGUAAUGGCCCUGUAUGGCAGAGACAGAAGGGUGGACUGGGGGCCAUUUGCUUCCUGUGGCCUUAAGCCUACUAUACCCCAUCCCUACCUAGGACCUUACCUUCAAGGAAAUUAAUGGUCUUUUCAAUGGAAAAAAUAAAAAGACGAGCAUUUGCAACUU